AUGACUGUUUUUAUUGGUAUAUAUAAAGCUAUUUACAAUUACGAACCUCAAACACCAGAUGAAUUGACUAUUCAAGAAGAUGAUUUAUUGUAUCUCCUGGAAAAAUCAAAUGUCGAUGAUUGGUGGACUGUAAAGAAGAGAGUAAUAGGUUCUGAUAUAGAUGAACCAGCCGGUUUAGUUCCAUCCAAUUAUGUUGAAGUUGCUGAUGUAAUUUCUCAAGUCAAAGCUGUAUAUGAUUAUCAUGAAGUUCAAAAUCCUGAUGAAGAACUAGUAUUUAAUGAAAAUGAUACAUUCGAUGUAUAUGAUGAUAAAGAUCCUGACUGGAUUUUAGCUCGUUCGAUCUCUACGAACCAAUUCGGUUUUAUUCCAGGGAACUAUGUAGAACCUCUUAAUGCAGAAACAGGUUCCGCUGUUCCACCAUCACAGCCAGCUGCUGCCGCAGCAUUGCCACCCCCAAUAGCAACUUCAGCUACAUCCCCACCCGCUCCAGCUCUAACGGCUAUUGAUAUAUCAACACUACCACCACCUCCACAGCAUUCGUCGAAAACAAAUGCUCAGGCCUCUGAUUCUGGAAAUCGUGAUUAUGCUGAUAAAGACUUACCAGAUCUACCUCCAAAUAAGCCUUCAAGAUCUAAUACUGAAACAAAUGAAGAUGAUUAUUAUGAUGCACCACCAACAAAGCCUGCGAGACCAAAUUCAACCUCAAAUGAGCAAGAUACCAGACAAAAGGCACGUAGUAGGACAUCAUACUAUGACCAGCACUACGAAGACGAUGCUGAGGAUUAUAGAAGCUCACAACGUGAUGAUGACUAUAAUGAUUCAGAACCAUCAGGUGAAUUACGUACAUGGAAUGUAGCUGAAAUAGAAGGCCGUAAGAAACGUAAGGCCAAGUUAUCUAUUGGUAAUAAUAGGCUAUUUUUCUCUCCACAAAAGGGUAGUCCUCAAGACUGGUCUGUCGAUAAACUGAUCUCUUAUGAUAAUGAAAAGAAGCACCUAUUUUUGGAAUUUGUUGAUCCCUAUAAGAGUCUAGAAUUACACACAGGUGAUAAUGAUACUUGUAAAGAAAUUUUGUCUGUGAUUGGAGAAAUUAAAGGCGCCUCCCGUGAUCCAGGAUUUAAAGAAGUUGAAAUGGCUUCUAAAUCGAAGAAGAAAGGUAAUGUAUUAUAUGAUUUUACUGCUGAAUCAAAUGACGAAUUGACAAUUAAGCAAGGUCAAGUUGUAUAUAUUAUUAAUGAUCAAAAAUCAAAAGAUUGGUGGCUAUGUGAAUUGAUCGAUUCAGGUAAAAGAGGUGUCGUCCCUUCUCAUUUUAUUGAACCUAUUCAAGAAAAAUUGACGUCAUCCCACACUGGUGGUUUGUUUAAAUCAAUUAAAAAGUUUGCUAAAGGUGGAAAGUCUUCUAAGGCCUCCGAUGACGCUUAUUCUGGUAGUUGGGAAGAUGAUGGAAUGGAAGGAAGUACUGAAAGAAGAAGUAGGUCCGGUUCCUACUCAACAAGGAAAAGAGCAUCUUCAACUACUAGUAAGAAGGAGCUUCCUAAUCCAAAGAAGUCCCGUAUUUGGGAAGAUAGAUCCGGUACAUUCAAGGUUGAAGCCCAAUUUAUUGGUUGUAAGGAAGGUAAGGUUCACUUACACAAAGCUAAUGGUGUCAAGAUUGCAGUUGCAGCUGAAAAACUUUCUGAUGAUGAUUUGGUUUAUGUCGAAAGAGUAACAGGGUUCAGCUUAGAUAAGUAUAAGGUCAGAGGUUCGGGCACAAGUUCAAGUAGACAAGAUCCAAGAGAGAGCGAACGUGAAAGAAGAAGAAGAUUAAGAGAAAAUGAUGAAAAAGACCGUGAUAGAAGAUUAAGGGAAAGGGAAUUAAACGAGUUGCAGAAGGCAAGACAACUAUUGGAUAAUGAAAGAACAAAAUUGCAGGAGCAAAAUGAACAACCUCCUAGUAAACCACCAAGACCAAGUUCUGGAAUGGGUAAUCGUUCACGUUCUCAGUCUACAAAGGACAACUAUGACUGGUUUGAAUUUUUCCUAAACAGUGGUGUAGAUGUCAGUAGUUGUCAGCGUUACACAUCCAAUUUCGAAAAGGAACGUAUAACUGAAGAUAUGAUGGUUGAUAUUAAUGAUUCAAUACUGAGAACUUUAGGUUUGCGUGAGGGUGAUAUAGUUCGUGUGAUGAAAUAUUUAGAUAAGAAGCUAGGUAGGGAUGUCUCACCUCAAACAGCUGUUGUCGCCGGCGGUAUGUUCUCUGAAGCAGAUGGUUCAUUGAAAAAUAAUAAUUCUGAAAAUCAAUCAUCUGUUGGACAACAGUUGCUACCAAACAAUCCAGAUCUAGUAUCCAAUACACCUAUUGAUGACGAUACAUGGACUGUAAGACCUGCUGCAAAAUCAGAAGCAACUUUAGCACCUAAAACUGCUGAGUUCACAGGCUCAAUGCAAGAUUUAUUGGAUUUAAAACCAUUGGAGCCUAAAAAGACCGAGCAACUCCCAAUAGCUAACUUGGCUGUUACAGAGAGUGUUGUUCCAGAACCAAAUUUGAAGAACUUAGAACCUGUUAGAACAGGUAAUGUCGUGCAAAAACCGUUGGCUAAUACAUUGACAGGAGGCGCUACUUUGGUACCACUAGAUCCAUUCAAGACAGGUGGUAAUAAUGUAUUACCUGUGACCACAGGUUUUGUUAUGAUGCCAUUUGCAACUGGUGGCGCCAUGCCUAUUCAAAGAACUGGUGGUAUCAUUGUUCCACAAACUACAUUCGGUACUAAUGCAGCUGGAGGUAUCAUGCCUGCCCAGAUAACUGGUGGUUUGAUACCCGUUGCAACAACUGGUGGCCUAAUGCCUCAAACCUCAUUUGGUGUAACACCUGUAGCUAAUGUAGUUCCAUUGCAAAGAACUGGUGGUGCGGUCAUGCCGAUAGCCACUACUGGAGGUGCUAAUAUAUUACCACAGACAACUUUCAAUUUACCUCCAAGUGGUACUGUGUUACCAAUACAGAGAACUGCUAAUGGAUUGAUGGCUGCUAAUACCACAGGAGGUAUGAUGCCUUUAAACACAACAGGAGGGAUGAUGCCUCUAAAUACCACAGGAGGUAUGAUACCUUUAAACACAACAGGAGGUAUGAUGCCUAUGAACACUACCGGUGGAGUUAUGUCAUUGCAACGUACAGGAGGUAUGAUGCCUCAAACAUCAUUUGGUACUCAACAAAUGACUGGUGGUGCAAUGAACAUGAUGCCCCAGAUUUCAUUUGGCGCUCAACAGAUGACUGGUGGUGCAAUGAACGUGUUUCCACAAACUUCAUUUGGCGCUCAACAAAUGACUGGAGGUGCUAUGCAAAAUCCUAACAUGGGUACUAUGCAAAACCCUAACAUGGGUGUUAUGCAAAACCCAAACAUGGGUGCCUUCCAACCUAAAUCUCAAUUUGGUAUGACAUUACAGAGAACUGGUGGUGCAAUGGCUCAGCCAAUUAUGGAUGCUGGAGUUACAGGGAUAGCUCAAGGUGUUCAAAAUAUGUCUAUGGCACAACCUCUGCAAAAUCAACCAACAGGAUUUGGAUUCGGUAAUGGACCUCAACAACCUGUACAAGCAAAUAUAUAUAACGCUUCUGCAAGUAACCCAUUCGGCUUUUAA